CCCCAGUUUCAGGAUGGACCCGUCGGAGCCGGGCAGCGCGGCCGAGGACGAGGAGGAGAAGCUUCCAGAAGUUCGGCCUCGCACCCGCUCGAACCCCGAGGGCGCCGAGGACCGAGCCCCGAGCGGCCUGGGCAGCGUGGGCACCCGGGGGGACACCGUGGGCACCCGGGGGGACACCGUGGGCACCCGGGGAGAGGCCGUGGGCACCCGGGGCGAGGGCAACCGGGCAGAGGCCGUGGGCAACCGGGCAGAGGCCGUGGGCAACCGGAGCGAGGGCGAGGGCGAGGCGGCCAGCGCCGGGCACAGCCCCCCCGGGCAGCCUGGCACGGCCUGGCACGGCCCCGGCGGUGCCCAGCACGGCGAGGUGACCGUGAGAACGCCCCGGGUGAACUGCCCCGAGAAGGUGAUCAUCUGCCUGGACCUGGCUGAGGAGAUGGCAGUGCCCAAACUGGAGUCCUUCAACGGCCAGCAGAAGGUGGAGCUGCCGGUGACCGACAACGUCCAGACCAUCCCGCCGCCCUUCGUGGUCAGAACCAUCCUGGUGUUCGGGCGCCCGCGGUGCCAGCCGCACUUCUGCGGGGGCGAGCACGUCAAGAAGCUGCUGCAGUGCCCCUAUUUCUUCUUUGAUGUCGUUUACAUCCACAACGGGCUGGACGAGAAGGAGGACGAGAGCAGCUGGAAGGACAUGUUCGGGUUUUUCGGCAGCCUGGACACCAAAGGCACCAACUACAAGUACGAGGUGGCCCUGGCGGGGCCGGCGCUGGAGCUGCACAACUGCAUGGCCAAGCUGCUGGCGCAUCCCCUGCAGCGGCCCUGCCAGAGCCACGCGCACUACGCGCUGCUGGACGGCGGGGACAGCCCCGAGGGGGACGCCACCGCCUGAGGGGACAGCCCCCGGGGGAGGGGACAGCCCCCUGAGAGAGGGGACAGCCCCCCGACAGAGGGGACAGCCCCCGGGGGAGGCCACCAGCUCUGGGUUCAGCCCCCAGAGAGAGGGGACAGCCCCCGGGGGAGGCCACCAGCUCAGGGGACAGCCCCCGGGGGAGGCCACCAGUUCAGGGGACAGCCCCCGGGGGAGGCCACCAGCUCAGGGGACAGACCCCAGAGAGAGGGGACAGCCCCCGGGGAAGGUCACCUUUUGAGGGGACAGCCCCCCGAGAGGGGACAGCC